CACCGCAUCACCGGCAGGAAGCUAGCGACGGCUCGGGCCGGACACAGAUCAUCCUUCAACCCUCGCAGGGAUGUCAAAGUUCCUAGAUACGGGCUGCGACAUUGUCAAGCAGGCUAUCGAGCAGGACAUCGCUCAGAACUUCGAAGAGGCGCUCAAGCUCUACAAGAAUGCGCUCGACUACUUCAGCAUGGCCCUCAAAUACGAGAAGAAUGCCAAGUUUCAAGAGAUGAUCAGGUCUAAGCUGGAAGAGUAUCUCAAUCGCGCGAUACAGAUCAAGGACCAUCUCAGCCAGCUAGAUGAGAAGCGGCAACGUCAAGCGGUGGGCGCGAACGGACAGGCUAAAGGCAGUGGCGGCGGCAUGGGCCAGAAGAAGCCAGGCGACGGCGAUGAUGAUGACACAGACACAAAGAAGCUACGAGCGGGCCUAUCGAGCGCAAUCUUGUCCGAGACACCCAAUGUAAGAUGGGAGGACGUGGCCGGUCUCGAGCCUGCCAAAGAGUCACUUAAGGAAGCCGUCAUCCUACCCAUCAAGUUUCCGCAUCUGUUCACAGGAAAGCGGACGCCAUGGCGCGGUAUACUGCUUUACGGCCCGCCGGGAACGGGCAAAUCGUUUCUGGCGAAAGCAGUCGCGACAGAAGCAAAAAGCACCUUCUUUUCCGUCUCAUCGUCAGACCUCGUCAGCAAAUGGAUGGGCGAAUCCGAACGACUCGUCAAGCAGUUAUUCGCAAUGGCACGGGAGAACAAACCAGCAAUCAUCUUCAUCGACGAAGUCGAUUCCUUGUGCGGUACUCGUGGAGAGGGUGAAUCAGAAGCCUCUAGACGUAUCAAGACAGAAUUCCUCGUCCAAAUGCAAGGUGUGGGCAACGACUCGACAGGUGUGCUCGUCCUAGGCGCCACCAAUAUACCCUGGCAGCUUGAUUUGGCCAUCAAGCGAAGAUUCGAGAAGAGGAUAUACAUCCCGCUACCGGAUGCACAGGCGAGGCGGCGCAUGUUUGAGCUCAACGUUGGGACAACGCCUUGCACGCUCACCUCAUCAGACUACCGCGAUCUCGCAGACAAGACAGACGGAUACUCUGGUUCCGAUAUCGCAGUGCUCGUGAGAGAUGCCUUGAUGCAGCCUGUGCGCAAGGUGAUGAGCGCCACUCACUUUAAAGAGGUCUCAGUGCCGGCGGAAGAUGGCAGCGCCGACGUGCGCAAGCUGACGCCAUGCUCACCUGGUGAUCCAGAUGCGAUUGAAAAGUCUUGGACGGACGUAGAGACAGACGAGCUGCUCGAGCCACCUCUCAACCUGCGAGAUUUCCUCCGCGCGGCUCAGAGCGUCAGACCGACCGUCGCUGCUGACGACUUGCUCAAAUUCAAGGAAUUCACGGACGAGCUGGGUAGCGAGUAGAGGCGCUAAUGGUGCAUGAUAUAGCAACAGACAUGUAACAAUCUAUUGGGUUAUUGUCAAGAGGGAGUAGCCACGCCAAGGGACUUUGCGACCGAGGCUGCCUUAAGACAGGCUUCCUGCCACUCUGCCUCGCGAUCCGAGAGCCAAGUGAUUGCGCCGC